UGUGGCUGCAUUCAGAUUUGUAGAGCGUCCUACUCUCCAUUUUCUAACAUGGCUGGCAGCAGUUAUUCAAGUUUUUUACAUCGAGAAACAUACAGGAGCAACCAAUUCUCAUCAACUUAUUUCAGCAGGUUUCAAGGGCUGAGGGGUCUUCCAAACUAUGGCCUGUCCUGCUGUGUCAAUGCACUGCUGCAGUCUUUUUGUGCCACACAGGAACUGUUGGCACUGCUCAAUCGUUGGAAAGUGAAUGACUCUGGGCCUCAAGAAAAAGCAAAGAAUGUACCGGAGCAGUUGCAGAAAACAUUGCAAGCCAUGCAGAGUGACAGAUUUCAGGCUGACCCCCACAAAAGUUUCUUGCACUGCCUGGACCGCAACCGCAUACCCAUGUCCAUCCAGCAUGAUGCAGACGAGGUCUUCCUCUCUAUAAUGAACCUUGUACAGGAACAGAUGAGUGACACAGAGCUGGCUCAGCAGAUCAAGUGUCUAUACAAGGUGAAAGUGGAGGAGCACCUCCAGUGCAAUGAGUGCACCUAUAUUCACUCUGGAGAGACUUACUUGCUCAGCCUCCCCCUGCCCUUGUUGCAUGCUAGCAACACCCUGGAAGAAUGUUUCAGGGCUUUCUUUGAGCUGCAGGAGCUGGACGGGGACGACAAGUGUUUUUGUGAGAGGUGUGGAGAGAAGACUCCAUCAAAACAGGGUCUCAAACUCAUACACCUACCUCCAGUGGUUUGUGUACACCUGAAGAGGUUCCGUUCUGACGAUGGUUACACUAAAAAGAUGCACUGCAAAGUCAGCUUCCCACAAGCUCUUGACUUCAAAAUGAUAUUGAAAGCACAACAUGUCUCAGAAAAAUUUCCCAAACAGGAACAGAAUGAGUGGCAGUAUAAGCUGUAUGCUGUCAUAGUGCAUCAUGGAAGUGCCAUGUCAGGACACUACACAGCCUACAUAACACAUGAUGGGGACACCUGGUACCAUGCAAAUGACAGUUAUGUGUCUAAGAGGACAUGGGCAGAUGUGGAAGGUACAUUUGGAGGCCGUUGUGGAAGUGGCACUGCAUACAUGCUGUUGUACAGAAGAACAGAGGAGGAGAGAGAACCAGAGUGCUCUGGUUGAUGGAAGCAAAAUAUUGGGGAAAGAAAUUCUGGGAUGGGAGUCUUUUCUCUCAGAAAAGAAGAUAGUCAUCGUUACUUGGCUUUAAAGAUCUUUGGAAGACACAUAAUUUUUAAAAGUGAAGAUUUCCAUACAGAUUGAAAGUUCAAAAAUGACUUACUGUAUGACUUACUCUAAUACUGUAGAGAUAUUUAUAGUUGUCACAAGAGUUUUUUAGUAAAUACUUUUCAUAGGAGGAAAUCUGUGGGAUGAUAAUCAUUUUACAUUUUGUAAUCUUUUGAAAUAAUUUUAUCUAACAUUAUAAAAUUUGGAAUUAUAUAUUUAGCCUUUUCCCCCUUUGAUUAUACUGAACAAGGAACGUGGUUCUGUUUUUGGUUUGUGUUUGUGUGGGGCGGGCAUGGGUGGAGGUGUGGGGGUGGGGAUGGAGGGCUUCGUACCCCAUUUUAGGACUGUUCUGUUGGCUUAAGUAUGUAAUUUCAUUAUUUAAGAUUACUUACUAUAAGGAUAAUACUAAUGCAGAGACUUAAUAUAUUUUUAAUCUUAAAAAGAAAUGUCUUUUGUAAAUUACUAUGUAUAAUGAAAUGCUUGCAAUAAAUACUUUUUUUCUUAAUGUGAA